AUGUCCGACGCGCCCACCGGAACACAGCCUGCAAGCAAGCGGUGGACUUACUUCCACUCCGCACUCCAACUCGCCAUACAACGUGCAGCGCACAAAUGGUCGUAUGAGGACUUCACCGAAUGUUUCUCCCAGUGGUGCGAAGAACAACCAGAGUCCGCGUCUGUUGUCUUCAACAAGGUUUCCCAACAUAUGGAAUCAUCAAUUACGGACAACUGCGAGAUGCUCUUCGAGCAGUUCAACGUGCGCGAAAACCUAGACAGACUUCAUGCCGUCGUCACCGAAGCCAGGGCCAGAAAGCAGACGGGUUACGAUGAAAAAGACGUCUGGAAGGAAGAUCUCCAGCCUGACGCCGCGGUCUGGGCUAGAACCAUUCCCGUGUUUGAGGCAGAGCGCGAUCGUCUGCGCGCCGAGCUGGAACAGCUCGACAAGCGGAAUCUCGCGCUCCAGGGUCAGUUUCAGGACAACGUCAGGGAACGAGAACGAGUGGACGAUGAGGCGGCCGCGCUCCUCGACAUAUUAGAUCAGAUCCAGGUAAAAUGGGACAAGCUCCCGUUGGAGGAGAUUCAGUCAUGGACGCUGCAGACGGCAGAGUCCAUCAAUAGCGUCAGACCAACAGCAGGAUGA